AUGGGAAGCUGCUUGAGUAGUGAUAUUAGGACUGCAACACAGGAUGAGAAAGAAGAGCUGCCAAAGGGAGAAGAAGAAGUGGUUGAACAAACAGAAUCAUGUCCUCGACCCGAGUCAGAACCAGUGAAGCUGCUGCAGGCGGAUGGUGCUAAGAAGAAGAUGGUUAGGUUCAAGCUGCAAGAAGACGAUGAUAAUGUCGGUAGAGGAAGUACAGAUCAUGGUGAUUCUAGGAGCCGGGUUGUGAGGAUUAGAGUGGUGGUGACCCUGAAAGAGUUGAAACAGAUACUGAAUUCGGAGGAGAACUUUCAAUAUUCUUCUGUGGAGGAAUUGGUAAGUGCAAUGAAGUUGACAAGAUCAAGGACUUGUAAAGCUAAAACAAGUGAUGGUGACAGUUGGAGGCCAGCUUUGGCGAGCAUUCCAGAGGACCAUUGA